UAUAUGGCAGUGUGGGCUCAAAUAACUCAGUUCAAAGCAGAUAUUGUGGAAUUUUCGUGCUUAUAUGGCUGUGUGGAAUGGCCCUCAGAUGGUGUAAACUAUAAAAAGUGUGGGAAGAAGGAAGAAGUGCAAAAAAUAUGAAGAAGUGACCCGUACAAAAGGAUACUUGCCUCGGGAUCUAAAAUGAACUGGCAGUUCUUUCAUGCUUACAUUUCCUCCUCAGAAGGUGGGGCAUGGACCUUUCAAUGUCCUGCUGGCACUCCCUCUCUCUGCUUUUUCAACCUUGCGCUCUGAUGCUCACCUGCUGCACAAACAGGUAGACUUUGAGUUCUACGGGAGCCGCAGCAGAAAUAGCCUGCUGGAUUCAGCUCCCGAGGUCUGAUCAGCAAUGGCAAAUUUUCAGGGCCAUGCUCUUCCAGGAAGUUUCUUCUUGCUCUUUGGCUUCUGGUGGGCAGUGAAAUGCGUGCUGAAGCACUACAGCAGGAAGCUGAACAAAAAGAACAAUUUGCACCGGAGCUUCGACAAACUGGAAGUCAUUGAAGGCGCAGUCAAAGUCACCUUUGCAACAAUAGGGAUUCUUGCCGAGCAGUUUGUUCCAGACGGUCCUCACUUGUACCUCUACACCAGAGAGCCAUGGAGUUGGGUGAAGAUGAUGAACUGGCAACACUCCACCAUGUACCUGUUCUUUGGCCUGUCGGGGGUCAUGGAUGUCCUCACCUAUAGCCCAGCUAGACUGCCUUUAGGGCUGGAUCGGCUUAUGCUGGCCAUUGCUGUGUUUAUCGAAGGCUUUCUCUUCUACUUCCACGUCCACAACCGGCCAAUGCUGGACCAACACAUCCAUACUCUACUCCUGACUGCCAUCUUUGGUGGUAGCAUCAGCAUUCUGUUGGAAGUCUUCCUGCGAGAUAACGUUAUCCUGGAGCUCUUCCGUUCCAGCCUCACCAUUCUGCAAGGAAGCUGGUUUUGGCAGAUUGGCUUUGUGCUGUUUCCACCGUUUGGAGGGCCAGCCUGGGAUCAGGAGGACCACGAAACCAUGAUGUUCGUCACCAUGUGCUUCUGCUGGCACUAUGCCGUAGCUAUCCUUAUUGUGGUUCUCAUUUAUACUCUGGUUCACUGCUUCAUCAAGAGAUGUAGAGCAAGCAGUGGACUGACGGAGAUCAAGCUGGGUCUCCACAAAGAGAAGAAGGCGAAAGAAGACCGCGCUUCCCUCUUAAACGCAUCGGAUGAAGAAUGAGCGAAGACACCAGCCCACAUUGGUCUCUUAAGACUUAACAAGCAAUUAUUUUUUUUUGGAAAAAAAAAAUCUUACCAACACAAUUGUGACACGACAUCACAAUGUGAUUAUUAUCUUUAAAAUAUUGGAACACUACUAAUACAUUAAGUAUCGUUGCUGCUUUGUUAAAGGGACACUAUGGCAGUAACCCAUUCAUAUGCAAGAGAGAGCAAGGGAGCGAUCUUUGGAGCGUUCUUCCAUGAAGUACAUGGAUAGUACAGAAUUACGCCAUUAUUGAACUAUAGCAGCUAACCGUUAAAAAAAGAGGAUUUUUUUUCCAAUUCUAAGAAUAGUAUUAAGCGUGUAAUGCAUUAAAGAAAUGUCUGAGAUUU